AUGUCAACUAUAGUGUGUCAGAAUCUUGUAUCAUGUUUCGAGCAGUCUCAACAGACAGAGACAGCAAGCCUGAAGCUGAAAAUUGCGGCGUCUCCGUCAACUGAUUGGAGUGAUCAUAUCCCAGAAGUUAAAGAAAAUCUUGAAAUAACUGGUUGGAGUUCUCUUCAAAAUCUCUCUUCCAUAAGCACAAAAUCAGCAAAAGAAAAUGAUACCCCAUAUAUUUAUCCGUUUGAAAAAAAGUCGUGUGCAAAAAUAAGCCUGGAAUUAUGUACUGAAAAUUUGGGAAGCGAAACAGGCACUGAUAUUUCUGAUUGCAGCAUUUUCUCAAACAGUUACAGCUCACUCGAAAAUGCACCAGAUAAACCAAAGCAGGAAUCAAGAAAUUUUAAUAAAGCAGCAGCAAAUUCUUGUCGCAGUUUUCCCCCGCCGUUGACAACCAUAAGCAGCGGGUCAAGUUCUCUUCAAGUCAGGCGCCAGUGUGAAGGCGGAAGGCUUAUAAUCGAAGCGGUGGAGACCCCAUUUAAGCCCACUUAUCUUCAAGCAGAAAGAAGCGAUGGUCGCCUCAGACUAUGCUUUUUCCAAGAAGAAGAAGAAGAAGAAGAAGAAAAUGAAGAAUGUGAGAGUGAAGUAGAAGAUGAAAUGAUUGAAAGGGACGCCAUUGGUAGAGAAAAAAUAGAAAAUUAUGAAAUAGAAUCAGAGCAAGAAGAUGAUGAUGUAAGAAUUGGACCUGUUGAAAUGGGAAUGGAGAAAUUUCAAAGGUUGAGUAAUAGUAGUAGGUGCAAGGAAAGUGGGCAUGGGGAUAAAGGAUUGUGCAAUUGGAAGCCUGCUCUUUGGGUCGCUAUUUCCUAA